CCGCCCGCCGGAGCCCCGCCCCGCCCGUCCUAACCUUCCCGGCUCCCCGCAAACCCCGCUGCUAGCGUCCCGCGCCGCCUGUACUGCAGGAGGGAGCUGCGGGCUCCAGCCGAGCUGGCCCGAGCGCGCUGCCCGCACCAUGCCCCGCAUAGAUGCGGACCUCAAGCUAGACUUCAAGGAUGUCCUGCUCCGACCCAAGCGAAGCAGCCUCAAGAGUCGAGCCGAGGUGGACCUUGAGCGAACCUUCACAUUUCGGAACUCGAAGCAGACCUACUCGGGGAUUCCCAUCAUUGUGGCCAACAUGGACACCGUGGGGACGUUUGAGAUGGCAGUGGUGAUGUCACAGCACUCCAUGUUUACAGCGAUUCACAAGCAUUAUACCCUGGAUGACUGGAAGCUCUUUGCAGUUAAUCACCCAGAAUGCCUGCAGCAUGUAGCCGUGAGUUCGGGAAGUGGGAAGGAUGAUCUGGAAAAGAUGAGCAACAUCCUGGAAGCUGUGCCGCAGGUUAAGUUUAUUUGCCUGGAUGUGGCCAAUGGGUACUCGGAGCAUUUUGUGGAGUUCGUGAAGCUGGUCCGGUCCAGAUUUCCAGAACACACCAUCAUGGCAGGGAACGUGGUGACGGGAGAGAUGGUAGAAGAGCUUAUUCUUUCUGGAGCAGAUAUCAUCAAAGUGGGAGUUGGACCAGAGCUCCAGGCCACUGCAGCUGAGUCCCUGCCCGCCAGGAUCUGGCAGUGGAAUGGGAAAGGAGAAAGGCCGAUUCUGAACCAGAACCAGAGGUUCCGUGUGCACCACCCGCACCAAGACGGGGGUGGGCUACCCCCAGCUGAGCGCUGUGAUCGAGUGCGCAGACUCGGCCCAUGGCCUGAAGGGGCACAUCAUCUCGGACGGAGGCUGCACGUGUCCAGGAGAUGUCGCCAAAGCCUUUGGAAGUGUAGCCAUGCCUUCGGACGGAGAGGAACCACUUUGGGAAAAAAUGCUGGUUGGGAAAGGACACAAGAGCAUUCAGAAAGGGAAGUGAUUGGAAGCCUCUUCAAAGCACUGCUUCCUGAGUUGUGGUCAUCAGGAGGCCUGACUGGACACCAGUUGUCCCUGCCCCCUUAUCAUCAUGGCGGGGGGACCGAGGAGCUGGCAUUUGUUCUGGGGACCCUGCAGGGAAGUCGUCAAAGCUUGCUGCCAAGUCGGGAGGCCCUGUGUCUUGCUUGCCUGAUUCCCAGGCCCAGGGUCCAGCCCUGCAGAGCCGGCCUUCUGUGAUGCUGGUCGGAAGGGCCUGGGACACCCGAGGCACACCUCGAAGUCCUCUUACAAAUAUUUAAGUGACCAGCUGGAAGUGGUCAAGGCCAGUUUUUAGGGGAGUCUGUGCUUGCUCCUUCUGAUCCUUCAUCCUGACUGUGUAACACUUCUGUACCCUGAUAUCCCCCGAUUCUGAACGUAAACCCUCAGUAGGAUGGUCAGGAUGGUGAACGGUGACUGUUUCUAUUUCUUCCGUGUAUGCCUUCUACUUUCCUGACAGCUAGUUACGCCACCUCUGCCAUGUGCUGUGAUAAACACUGAGGACAGAGCAGUGAGCCAGCCCUGGUCCUACCACUCCUGGUUCGGAUCCAACAUAACCUCCAAAGGCCGCUGCAACACCCCAGUCUCCUCUGUACCUGUGCUGGAAGUUUCAUGUCAUUCGGUGGUUUAUAUGGGGUGUUUUUACACUGGAAGUCAAAUGUUUAUCACAACAGAGGUGUGAGUCGAGUUUUACA